ACCGGCCCGGCCGUCCACCUGCUGCUGUCAAUCCUGCCCUCUCCUUUGCCCGAAGCAACUGUCAUCCCAAAAGACCCUGAUGACCGGGCCAGCUGGGUUUAGGAGCUGAAAGAAGAAUGUUUGCAUGUCUCCCGGCCAGUGCUGUAACUUAAAUAUCUUCCAAGCUGUUCACGGGGUUUAAUUUUAGACUCCCCAUGCGGCAGGACCAAACGGUUCCCAGCUGAAGUCAAAGUCAGGGGCUUCUCAGUUUGCUCCGUGGGCUCCGAAGUUAUAGACUUCACAGAAGUUUCCCUACCUUUUGAUAUCGACACGAGAAAGAAGUUAGGCACAAACAUGUCAAACAGUAGCGACCUUGAGGAUCUCAACGACGAGGAUUUCGACGAGGAUGAACUCCUUGCUACGCUUUCACCGGAGGAGCUUAUGGAGCUCCAGAGUGAGAUGGACGUUAUUAUUGCCCCAGAUGAGAGGGUACCGGUGGGUCAGAGACAAAAGAACCAGACGGAGAAGACUCCGACUGGGACGUUCGACCACAGAUCCCUGGUUGGUCACCUCUACUGGGAGAAGGAGUCCAACCGUAUGCUUGAGGAAGAAAGAAUGCCUGUUACUCUGCUGCCCAGUAAGAAAGCUUUGAGGGAGGAAACUGAGAAGAAACACAAAGACGUGGCAGAAGAAGAUGUGGAAUAUGAAAUGAAAGAAGAAGUCCUUGAGGAAGAAGCUGCUGAUGGUACAGAUGGAGAGGAAAUGAUAGAGAUUAUUGAGGAAGUUAUUGAAGAGGUUGAUGAGAUAGAUGAAAAGGACAAAGGGGUGGAUGUGAAAGACGAGGAAGGGUUGAAGUCCCCUGUUAACACAGACAAACAUGAAAAUACUAACAAACGUGUAGAUCCUCGAGACACCAACACAGACAAAGUACCAGAAGACAAUCAGCCUUUUUCAGACUCAAAGCAGAAGAGUGAGAGCCUAGUCCCAAAACACAGCACAUCACAAGCUGAAGAGAAAGAGGAAAUUAAAACUGCCGACUCUUCGCUUCCCAAAGAGGCCUCAGAAGAGCCAGAGACAAAUGACACCAUCGAUAAGCUCCCGCAGAAAGAAGAGAGAAAAAUCAAUAAAUUAAAUAUUCCAAAGUUGGCAUUUAAUAACAUCAAAAUGACAUCAAGACCCUCGGGAAAUGAGACAAACUUGGAGUCGACGCUCGACAAAGUCCGCAACAACAACCCUUCGAUCGCCGAGGUCAACCUCAACAACAUCGAGAACAUUCCCAAAGCGAUGCUGUUGGAAUACGUCGACGCCUUGAAGAAGAACAAACAUGUGAAAAACUUCAGCAUAGCCAACACCGGCGUCGACGAAAACAUCGCGUACAACCUGGCCAACAUGUUGCGAGAGAACCGCGGCAUCACGACGUUGAACAUCGAGUCCAACUUCGUGACCGGGAAGGGCAUCGUGGCCAUCGUCCGCUGCCUCCAAUUCAACGAGACCCUCACGGAGUUGCGUUUCCACAACCAGCGGCACAUGUUGGGCCACCACUCGGAGAUGGAGAUCUCGCGCCUGCUCAAGGCCAACAACACCCUCCUGAAGUUGGGCUACCAUUUUGAGCAACCGGGGCCCAGGAUGGUGGUGACCAACCUUCUCACCAGGAAUCUGGACCGCCAGAGGCAGCUGAGGAAGGAGGACCAGAAGCAGCAGCAGGCGAAGGAGCAGAGGGCGCUGAUGCAGGCGUACGAGAGCAGCCUCAACCUGCCUCCUGGUUUAUUCCAGAUGCUCGGCUACGUACCGCCUCUGGAGCUCCUGCAGGAGUGCGGGCUCGUCCCGCCCUCGUCGGAACCGAGGCCCGCACCGCAGACGCAACGGCAGACAGCGAAGCCGAAGCCGGAGCCGGAGCCUCAGAAGCAGCCCAAACACAAGAGCGCCCCCACGCUGCCCGACGCCGAACCGGCGAGCGCAUUGAAGGACGUGCAGCUGAAGAGGACCCCCAAGAAGCGCGACCCUUUUCUGGACCUGGACCCGAGGGAUAAUAAAGGACCAGAGAGGGCGAGUUUCCAACUGAGGAAGACUCCCAAAGGGAGGGUUGCAGGCAAUGGAGCGCUGACAGAGGAAAAGGCGAACCUGAGUGACGUGAUUAAGACUUUAAAGCCCGUCCCUCGCAGGCGGUCGGCAGCUAAGGUGGACGUCACGCCCCGCGAUCAGCUCCUCGGAGAGAUCAAAAACAGCGGCGUGGCCCAUCUGAAAUCUGUGCCGCUCCCUAAAGUCCUGGAAUCAAGUGAAACGAGUCUCCUCUGAGGCUGCAGAGUCAGCUGUUUAUUGUACCCCUAUUCUCUCGUCAACCUUGCAAAAUAAGACUUAUAAUCUCACGUAAAAAAGAAAUAUUGCCUGGUUGUUGUUCACAUCUUGUGUUCUUCUCAAACUAAAUGCUGUUGUCUUUGGGAAGUCGUAACAACAAAGGUAUACAAAUUAAGUAAACCCUAAAAUCAAUUGACAUUAAAAUGUUUGACCUUUUUCAUCAUUUUGUAUUACAAUUCAUAUAUUUCUUCACACGGUGUUCUCAAAAAUAUAUUUUUAGUUUAAGUUUGUUUGAUUAAAUCCUCGAUGAUUUCUUUAGGAGUAUUCUGUUUCACAUGUUUUCAUUUUGCUAUAAAAGACUAUUACACUCUU